UUUUGUUCUUUCACGUAUAGUUCUUGACAUAGAAUUAGAGCCGCUACAAGAGAGGAAAGCAAGAAAUGGCUACCUUGGACGAAAGACCCUCUGCCAAGAGGUGGCUUCCUCUUGAAGCUAAUCCUGACGUGAUCAAUCGGUUCCUAUGGGGUCUUGGGCUUCCACCAGACGAAGCUGAAUCCUGCGAUGUUUAUGACUUAGACGAUGACCUUCUUCAAAUGGUUCCAAGCCCUGUUCUUGCCGUCCUUUUCCUUUAUCCACUCACCUCUAAGACCGAAGAAGAGAGUUUGCAACAGGAAAAAAAUAAAAAAGGGAAAAUAGCAAUAAAGUGUAUUUUAUGAAGAAAACUGUGGGUAAUGCUUGUGGUACAAUUGGGCUUCUUCAUGCUCUUGGGAACAUAACUUCUGAGGUCAAGCUUGUUUAGGGGUCAUUCUUUGACAAGUUCUUCAAAACUACUGCAAGCAUGGACCCGAUGCAGGUUAUU